ACUGUAUGAUGCCUGUGACAUUUACAAACAUGUGGAACUGUAUGAUGCCUGUGACAUUUGCAAACAUGUGGAACUGUUUGAUGCCCAUGACAUUUGAAAACCAGUGGAACUGUUUGGUGCCCGUGAUAUUAAAGAUCUUGUGGAACUGUUUGAUGCCUGUGCCAUAUGAAAAUGAGUGGAACUAUUUAAUGCCCGUGACAUUUGAAAACCAGGGGAACUGUUUGGUGCCCGUGAUAUUAAAGAUCUUGUGGAACUGUUUGAUACCUGUGAGACUCAAGUUUCAAGACUCAAGUCAUCUUAAUGUGUAACCUGCUUAGCAAGGGUCCUCUUUAGUUCUUAACUUGCAAUCAAACAUCACCUAUAAUGGGUGUUCAAGGGAAAUCCGCUUCAACACAAAGACUUGCUGAUCAGACAGAAUUUCGUGGAAAUGGAAAAAUAAAUCGCAAAGUAGCAAUUGGGGCUGUAGCAGGGUUGGCUGUUCUGGCAACAGUGUUAGGAGUAGCAAUUGGAGUGCCAUUAUCAAAGCGACAAGCAGAUAAUACGGAUGGAAGUACAUCCUUACAAAGGGCUCGGGAUAUUUUGUCAAACAAUCCAUUGAUAGAUGGACACAAUGAUUUGCCAUGGCAGUACAAGAAGCAGGCGAAUAAUUCUGUGGAGUCUAUUGACCUUGAGCAGUCUCUCAAAGGCAUCUGGUCCCCUACCCAUACAGAUAUACCUCGUCUGAGGGAGGGGCGUGUAGGUGCUCAAUUCUGGGCUGCUUAUGUGCCUUGUGACUCGCAGUAUAAGGAUGCAGUUAGGCUCAGUUUUGAACAGUGUGAUACAGUGAGACGUUUCGUCAAGAAAUUCCCAGACACAUUCCAAUUUGUCACAUCAGCUCAAGAGAUUGAAGAUGCAUUCGCAGCUGGGAAGAUUGGCAGCAUGAUUGGUCUUGAGGGAGGACACUCCAUAGAUAGCAGUCUAGCCACAUUGAGAAUGUUCUAUGAUGUAGGAGUUAGAUAUAUGACAGUCACUCACAGUUGUAAUACCCCAUGGGCUGAUAACUGGCUUGAAGAUGAAAAACCAUUGGCUGAGCAGGAGUUUGGUGGUCUUUCUGCAUUUGGUGAGCUUGUAAUCCUGGAGAUGAAUAGACUUGGAAUGCUGGUUGAUUUGUCCCAUGUCUCUAAAGCUACCAUGGAGGAUGCACUAAGAGUCACUAAGGCACCAGUCAUCUACAGCCAUACUUCUGCAUAUACCAUAUGUAACCAUUACAGGAAUGUACAGGAUGACGUCCUCCAGUUAACAAAAGAAAACAAUGGUGUUGUCAUGGUGAACUUCUAUGAUAAGUACAUCAACUGUCCACCAGGGAACACCACAAAUGCUACACUCUCUCAAGUUGCAGAUCACAUAGACCACAUCAAGGACCUGAUAGGAGCUGAUUAUGUUGGGAUUGGUGCUGAUUAUGAUGGUGUUGCUACAUUGCCUCAGGGACUUGAAGAUGUGUCGACCUACCCAGAGAUGUUCGCUGAAUUGAUAGAUCGCGGAUGGACAGAUGAGGACUUGAUCAAACUGGCAGGUGGCAACUUGCUGCGUGUCUUCAGAGCUGCAGAGGAGGUUAGCAAGCAGAUGGCAGCUGAUGGUGUCCCACCCUAUGAGGAACUCAUUGAUGAGUCAACAUUGAAGAAUAAGUCCUGCAGAUGGGAAGGCUAUUAAACCUAUGAGGCCUCAAGGAGGUUGUGUGACCUCUCUUCGUAUGAUAUGACUGAAAUGAAGUUAAGGACCAGUUGUUUCCUGAUGCAUGCUUAAUAUGCAACAAUUAAGGACCAGUUCUUGUUCUUUUCUGAUACAUCUUGAUAAUGCAACUUUUGGGAUCAUUUGUUAUAUAAUGUCUGUUGCCUGUUGAAUACAUCAGCAGUGUAUCUCUGGUUAUAAUGUUAUUUUCAGGUUAAUUAUGAGAACAUCAGGAUUUAAUCUGUUUUGAUAUUUUCUGUUACAUGCUGAAAAAUAAGGACCAAUUGUUAAUAUUAUAUUAUUUAUCAACACACUGGAGAACUCCAUAAUUAAGGACCAGUUGCUAUGUUUUUCCAAUACAUAUUGAAAAAUCAUGGGGGUUUUAACUGAACAUUUUGAUUGUUAAUUAGGCUACCCUUGAAAUAAAUAAUUUAGUUUUAGUUGUUUGUUAAAUUCUUAUGGCACAAAAAUAUACAGUGUAGGUGGAAUUUGGUAUGCUGAUCAAAUAUGUCCGGGCUACUAUAUAUAUACCAAAUUUUAACUUUUAUAAUGUCCUCACUAAGAUAAUUUUUAAAGUAUAAGACUGAUGAAAUUAUAGUCUUAAUUUUCUUGUGACAGGCAUUUGACAUCAUCAGCUUUC